AUGUCGAUCCGCAGCUGCAUCUCGGCUCGCCGCUUGCAACUGGCAUCCCCAGCCCGGGCUGCGCCUGGAGCCCGCGCCGCGGCGGCGACCGCUGCGAAAGCAAAGGCCCAGCCCGCGGCGGAGGCGCGCGACGUCGAGGUUUCCAAGGCGACGAGCGCCCAGGCCGCAAAGCCGCCGGAUACCGCCAAGGGCCCCCAGGCUUCCAAGCCGCAGGAGACCGCCGAGGGCCCCCCGAAACAGCAGGAGACCGCCAAGGGCUUCGAAGGCUCCAGAGAAGCGCAGCGCGUGGAGGGGCCCACGAAGCAGUGCUGCACCUGCAAGAAGAUGAAGCCCGAGUCCGAAAUGAAGAAUGCCAAUGGCGAGUGGAGCAACCAGUGUCGCUGCUUGGACUGUAACUCAUUGAGGGGCCGCCUCGACCGCCCGAAGAAGCACGACCCUGCUUUGGCGUCUGGCUACGCCAGCUUCUCCGACGACACGCGCACGCAGUUCUUCGCAGAGAACGUGCACCUGUUCAAGGAUGAUCUCAAGAAGGCAUUGCAGGUCACGAUCACAAAAUGUUUCAUCGAGAGGUUGUCGUCGAAACUCCCCGCAGAGGGCGACUUCGAGGGCUACGACGAGCUUGAGAAGAAGAUGGGCGAUUCCGUCGAGUUCAAAGAACUCUGCGCCAAUGGCAAGGUGAUCGACCACCCGAUCCACGCCAACAAGAAGCUCGCGUGGAACCCAACGUACAAGAUGAGCGUGGCCCAGGAGCAAAUCCUGGAAGAGGAGCACACACGGACAUUGACGCAGGAGGGGGAAAGGGAAGUAAAGCGCCAGAAGAAAGAUCAGCAGCCGAAACAAGAAGAGGGACCAACAGGGCCAAACGAGGAGGCCCCCCUGCCGAAGGGCCUUGCGAAGCGCUUGGCCACCGUGCCCCCCGAGCUCGAGGCCGAGCUCAUGAAGUGCGCGGCAAGUUUCGAGAAAUCGAAGUCGGAGGAGUUCGCUGACAACUUCGCCCCCGCGCUGAAGACGAGGGCCGCCAAGACGCCCACCACUGCCAGCAAGCUCAUCGAGUCGCUGAACGCGCUGAAGGUUGCCAAUAAGACGGGCGACAAGGGCACGGUGCUAAAGCUUCUCAACGAUGCCAAAGAAUGCCAGAGUUUGCUCAAAGACGUGUGA